AUGGACCCGUCCCUACGGCAGAAGGGAGGCCGUCUGCAGAUUGAUACAUCUUUGAAGCCACCUUCGUUGAAAAUACCAGAGACACACGGAUCCCAUGGACACGCCCAUGGCAAAGCCCGUGUUCCACACACGAAGAUCUAUUUUCAUGUAGCAUGCUCCACCUCGCCUGGCGAGUAUGUCCGUGUUGUCGGCGACCAUGAAAGCCUUGGGAGCUGGCAAUCCAAGCGAGGCAUACAGUUGGAGACCAACGAUGACAUAUACCCCGUUUUCAUCUCCCCCAAUCCGAUUUUCGUAGAGCUGCAUGCGCGUGUGCAGUACAGAUAUGUACUUUGCGGCCCUGAUGACGAGCCUAGGGAAUGGGAGGGAUCCGAGCAAACACGCUCGCUGAUAGCCAAUGGAACGGAGAUGACCAUGGAAGAUGAUGAUGGAAUCUUCCGGCAAAAGGUCGGCUUUAACGAACAGCAAGAUAGUGACGAUGAGUUUGACGACAUGUACCACAUACAAACCAGGUCGUCGUUGGUGAAGAACAUGGACACAGAUCAGAAGCGGUCAUUCCUCAAAGAGGUGCUGGAAGACCAAAUCGAGAUAGGUGCCAGGGACACAAUCUUUAUGCUUGCUUUCCAGCUGCCCGUCAAAGUUUUCAAGGACAGUGGCGGGACCUGGAGGCUCAGCGAAAAGGCGCCCAAUGAUGGCCGCAACUUCGCUUUCCUGCCGCUCUUGCAGGAAGUCAAGGACAAGAAGAAGCUGAAAGUUGUCAACAUUGGUUGGCCAGGCGUGCACCCCGAGAACGACAGGGAAAAGAGAGAGAUCGAAAAGCUGCUUGCAGCUCAUGACUUCGUUCCGGUUUUCCCUCCACGUGCUGAGUUUGAGGCUUUCCUCAACUUCUGUCGCACAUUCCUUUGGCCCGUGCUUCAUGACAGCAUGCAGUUCUUCCAGUCGGCGAAGGGUGAACCCUUCAGCGAACAGGGCUGGGCAGCAUACCAACACAUCAACAACAUCUACGCCUUGGCUGUGGUGCCGCACACGCAUGAGAACGACUUGAUCUUCAUUCAGGACUACCACAUGCUGAUGACCCCAACCUUCAUUGCGCGGAAGAUUCACAAAGCAAACAUUGGAUUCUAUCUCCAUGCACCCUUUCCGUCCUCGGACAGUUUCAAGACCCUCCCAGUCCGUGAGGAAAUUCUGGCAGGCAUGCUUAGUGCCGAUCAAUUAGGUUUUCAGUUUUUCUCUUACGCUCGGAACUUCCUCGUGAGCUGCAAGAGAGUAUAUGGUCUUGAUCCUACUUUCCGAGCUGGUGGCUUCACGGGCCUGGAGUACAACGGGAGGACGGUUAUGAUCAAGGUCGCGCACUUUGCGUACCCUUACCAGGCCAGCAUCAAGGUGGUGAACUGCGACGAGGUGCAAAAGGAGACCUCGAAGAUCAAACGACUCUUUGAAGGCAAGACGAUCUUCGCAUGCAUGGAUAGGGCCGAUGGCUUGUCUGCCCUUAUUCCAAAGUUUCAAGCCUUCAGGCAGUUCUUGAAGGAGAGGCCAGAGCAUCAAGGAAAGGUAAUCUUGAUCCAGUAUUGCUUUGACUCUCUGGGUGCAAAAGAUGCCAACACAGCGGCCCAGCUUCGCGCGGAAGCCGAUGCUUUGAUCAAUGGCCAGCUGGAGAUAACGACGAAGGACGGGGGAUCGCCUGAUGAUUGCAGCAUCUUCCUGCGCUUCGAAAGGAUCGAGCGAACAGACAGGCUAGCAUUGUUCAGGGCUGCUGACGUGCUGCUAGAUACAAGUGCCAAGAAUGGUCUGAAUCUCAUGCCGUUUGAAUUUGUGGCCGCGCACCACGACAUGGAUGACAACAAGGCAUGCAUCGUCAGCGAAUUCUCGGGUUGCAGUCGAGUGCUUUUGGGGUCCUUGCGUGCCAACCCGUGGAACAACUCUGCGCUUUGCGGUAUCAUGCAGCGAGCCCUCACCAUGACAGAGGAGGAGAGGAAGGAUCGGUUUCAGUGCAAUCUGCAGUAUGUCUCGCAGAAUUCUCCUAUGGUUUGGUUCGAAGAUUUCCUGACCGACUUGAAGCGAGCACGAAAGAAAGAUGACAUCAGAAUUGAAAGUAUCGGCUUUGGUGCCAAAAUCCGCCAGGUUGCCAUAGGCACAAAUUUUCAGAAGCUGCCCAUCGAUGGUGUGCUACAUGCUUUCCGUCAGGCCAGAACGCGUGUUUUCUUCUUCGACAACGAAGGCACCCUAGCCACGGACAAGAGGCAUGUGUACCGUCAGUAUGGCGCACACAUGGGCGACCUCACAGACCUGCAAAGCCGCGGGUCGGCUCCCAAUCAGCAAGUCAUGGACUGCUUGCAGACCCUGUGCUCGGAUAACCACAACAUUGUGGUGAUUCUGAGUGGCCGUAAUCGUGAAAUGAUGGAAGGGUGGUUUGGGAGUGUGCCCCGCUUGGGCUUGGCGGCAGAACGCGGAUUCUUCUACAAGCUUCCCUUCAACACGGGGGGACAGUGGCACUGCAUGGUGCAGCGGCCAGACUACACAUGGAAGUCUUUUGCCUUUGAGAUCAUGCGGAACUUUGUGAAGCGAACACAGGGAAGCUUCAUCGAGAACAAGGGCAGCGCUUUGGUUUGGCAGUACCGAGACGCAGACCCCCACUUUGGAUCUUGGCAGGCCAAGGAGCUCAGCAGCCAUUUGAAAGAGUUGCUCAUUGGCUAUGACCUCGAGAUCUUGGAAGGCAAGGGCUAUGUGGAGGUCAAGGUCAGUGGCGUGAACAAGGGCGUGGCCGUGACCAAGGCACUUACCAAGGUGUCGCAGUCCUUCGGCGAGGUAGACUUCAUUCUAUGCAUUGGUGACGACCGCAGCGAUGAGGAUAUGUUUGAAGUGGUCAAUCAGAUGUUGGAUCCAGCAGAUGAGUUGGAGACGCCUUCGCAGGUCAGCCAAACUGAGGACAGCUCGGAGAACGACGAGAGCGUUUCGAAGCUGAAGGCCAAGUCGGAUACCUCACUCCUCCCAAAGCGUCAGAGCAGUGGGAAACUCUCAGGAGGAGGCGGGCUUUGUGGCUUUGGUGGAGACCUCCGAGGGAGUUUGUCAGGUGGUUUGGCAAGCCUUGGUGAGGAUAACACACCGCAGGUCACUAGAAGGUUUUUUACCUGCACUGUUGGCCGAAAGCCCAGUGCGGCGAAAUUCUUCCUGGAUGACACCGAGGAGGUUUCUGAGUUGCUCGCGAGUUUGAGGCAGGUUCAAGAGAAACAGGCCAAAGUUCCGUAUCCGAGUGCGCGGUACGACAGUUUCACCCGUUAG